AUGUCCGUUUGCGUCGAGCAGUCCUUCCCCCCAGCCGACGACGACGCCAACGUCACGAACAACAACGUGCCCCGAGACCCUCGAGACCCUCGAGACCACCACCACCACCCCUCCACUAUCGAUAGAAGACAGUCGCGAGACGACUACAAUGCCAACGCCAACGCCACGGAAGAGUUAACCUCGAUUAUGACCGCCUCCGCCUCCAUCCUGACCACCAUCCUCAACACGGCUUCCAACCCCGUCUCCCCCGGCCCCUCCAGUCCUCCCCUUGACCAGGCCAAGAGCAAUGAUUUCGUGCCCCCGACUCGCCCGAGCAGCACUCCCUUUUUACAUCCCGACCAACGCAUCUCGGACUGCUGCACCCCCAUGGCCGAAGACGCCGAUGCCUACGGAGGCCCGGCCGUCGCCACCCCGACCUACUCCCUCGACCCUCCCGAAGCCUCGCCCACCCUGAACCUCAACGACCUCCCCGCCGAGAUCCACGAAUGUAUCCUCGACCACCUGUUCGGCUACCGCGUCUCCACCUCCUCCAAGAGCUCCGUCGGCAUGCAGAGCGUUACCAAGAGCUGGGGCACCGCCUUGCGACAUUCUCGCCGGAGGGAGUUGUCCGAGCUCGCCCUCGUGAGUCCCGUGUGGAGGAUCCUGAUCCAGGAGCGCCUCUAUCGUCACAUCAAGAUCAAGGCCACCAUCGAGUCCCUCGAGCUGGCCAUGGCCUACUUCGGCGAGCACGCCCACCUCCGCCGCUAUGUCAAGCACAUCGAGAUCUGGUUCCCCGUCUUCCAGCCCAAGUAUGGUCCACUGGCCUUGAGCACCACCCUCGCUCUCCCCACCGUCACCAUGGACGGCCUGACGAAUGCGACCUACACACUGCCCGCCAACAACUGCAGUCUCGAGGAGGCCUUCACAUUUGUCUUCCUCGCCCUUCCCGACGUCUGCGUGCUGACUAUUGAGGGCGGCGAGAGGAAGAAGGCGCCCAAGGUGCAGCACAGCUGGAACAGGCGUCCCGCCGGCUGGCAUUUGCCCACCCUCGAGUCGGUGCGCACCCUGGUCACUAGAGGACAGUGGAACCUGAUGCGCGACGACUCGGAUUUCGCGGCCGUCCUUGGUGCUUUGCCAAACUUGACCGAAUGGCACGGCUCCUACAGCAAGCCCAAGUCCAAGAGCUAUCUGAGCAUGGCCAGCAUCCUGCCCAAACUGCCCACAAACCUGACCUAUCUCAACCUCUGCCUCGAGAGCGACUACCGCAGGGAACUCGCCUGUCCGCCGUUUUACAUGAAGGUUUCCAACCAAGUCCACUUCUGCACGAGGCUGGCCGAGGCGACCCCGGCGCUCGAGCACCUGGCCUAUACCGGUCGCGUGUGCAAGAACUUCUUCAACAUGGCGGCCAUCAGAUCGGACCCGAGAACGACGCGCCUCAAGACGAUUGACCUCACCGUCAAGAACUGCUGCCGCCCCGUGCCCCAAUUUCACGAUUCGGGAAGCGGCAUUCAGGACAUGAACUUCAUCCACUCGUUCGAGAUGCUCGUGCUGGCAGGCAUUCACUCCAUGUCGACCCUCAAGGCUCUGGACUACCUGCGGAUUCGGUUUGUGGACUUGGACUCUCCCGUUCCUCCCCUGAACCCCUACUUUGUCUUGAGGGACGGCUGGUGCUCCGGUGUUUGGAGCGAUAACAUCCUGGCAGAGCUGAAUCGAGUACGGCCAAACGCAAAGUUUGAGCAGCUGAGCGAGUCAUUUGGAGAGGUCGGGUUCAACAAGGACGGGCGUAUGAUCAUUAGCCCUGAUUAUCCCCGAUCCCGAGUGUUGUCUCUCAAGCUGGCCAACUACGCUCUCCUCGCCGGCAGCGUCGCUGCUCUUCCCUAG